AUGGCAGGGGUGGGCUCCGACUGCGGGGCAAUAGGGACAGAGUUAGCCUUAGCAGGAGGAGUGCGUCUGGGAACUUUACGGACGCACGGAAGAGGAGCGAACCAAGAGUCAGUCAGAGAAUCGCAGCAGCUGCCUCCAGCGGUGAAUAGUGACCGGAGACGCUGCCCCGGCGCCUCACAAAGCCCAGGGAGAGGGGCUGCAGGCGGGCAGGGGGCUGCAGGAUGCCAGGGUCCUUAA